CGCCAUCUUGAAAAUGACGUAAUGCUUUUUGGCAUGAAAACGAGGUCACGCGUGGUUCUUGACACACUGAACACUCGAGCGAUCAUGCGGAACAAAGAUCACUGUUGUGUUCCUAAGUGCAAUAACAAUAGAUCAAAAGUGCAGUCUAAUAUAACCUUUCAUCAAUUCCCGAAAGACAAAGACUUAAGAAGACAGUGGAUUAUAAAAAUUAAGCGUGAUGUCGGCCGGUCCUUCAAGAUAACCAACAGUACAAGAGUUUGCUCUGAUCAUUUUAAACCCACAGAUAUAAAAAAAACGCUAACAGGAAAAAGUGUACUCGUUAAUGGUGCUGUACCAUCCGUUUUUGAAUGGACAACUUUAUCAAAGAAACGAAAGUCACCAACGAAACGCGAAUGCACAACACGUACUAACACAACCGAGAUUGAUGUCGUGGAUAAUAUACAGCCAAUCUCCUCUACAGUCGAAAUUGGGCCCAUCGAAGAUUCAAGCGUAGACGAAAAUGUCAUCGAUACUAGCAGCCACAUGGAGGACUCCACCGUAACUACUGACACCACAAUCAUAACACCUACUGUCAACCUACAUGAUUAUUUAUUUACUGAACCCGAAAAGCCUGUAGAAGAGCUACUUGAGGCAGCGCAAGCUCGUAUCGAACAAUUAGAACAGCUGCUUUCAAAACAAUCUUUUUACAGACAACUGAAAGGGAUGUCAGACAAACGCGUUAGAUUCCAUACUGGCUUUUCGUCAUUUGCUAUUUUUGUGAGUACCUUCAAUGCCCUUAGACCCACAGCUGAAAGUAUGUUUUCAUGGUCCCAAGUACAGAGAGCACGAGCAAAAAGUGGGAAAGAUAUAAGUAACAUGAGAGACACUCUCAAGACAUGCAAACUUAGCUUAUUUGAUCAGUUUUAUUUAUGCAUUACUAAGCUGAGGCUGGGUACUUUUAAUGAGAAACUAGCCAGUGAAUUUGAUAUUUCUAUUUCAACUGUGAGUAGAGUUUUUAUUUCUUGGGUUAACUUUCUCUAUUUUGUUUUGGGAACCAUUCCUAUAUGGCCCUCUCGGGCAAAAAUUGACAAACAUAUGCCUAAGUGUUUUAAAUUGUUAUAUCCUAAAUGCCGUGGUAUUAUUGAUGCCUCAGAGAUCAAGGUACAAGCACCAUCUAGUAUGGUUUUGAAUAGCAAUUGCUAUUCAUCAUAUAAGAGCCACACAACUUACAAAGGCAAUGUUGUAAUAUCUCCAUCUGGGGAAAUUAUUCGUGUAAGUUCUCUUUUUGAAGGAAGUAUUUCUGACAAGGAGCUUGUUAAGCAAUCAGGUUUGUUGAAUUUACUUGAGCCAGGUGAUCAAAUAAUGGCUGAUAAAGGAUUUACUAUAGAGGAUCUAUUAAAGCCAAUAGGUUGUGGAGUAGCAAUGCCUGCCUUUUUGUCAAGUAAGGGUCAAUUUUCAAAGAAAGAACUUUCAACCAGUAAACAGAUACAUAAUUUAAGAGUCCAUGUGGAAAGGGCCAUAAGAAGGGUGAAAGAGUUUCACUAUUUUGAUAAAGUUAUACCUCUUACAGUAGCUGGCAGCAUUAAUCAAAUAUGGACAGUGGCAUGUCUUAUUACCAAUUUCCAGGGGCCUUUGUUGCAUGAAAAGCAAUAUAUCUAAAUAUGUAUACAAUUGUUGUAAAAUAGAUGGAAGAGUAAGCAUCAUUUAAAGUAAAGUAUGUAAGGAUCUGUAAUACAAAUAGUACUAACAACUUUUAACAACUAAGAGUUAGUUGACAUUGAGUGAGGGUACACUACGUAUUAGGUCCAACCUAGGUAAGAACUAUGCCAUCUGUUAACAUGUGAUGUGGAAGGGUGAAUAGUAGGGUGGCCCUAUCCCCUAGGGGCACCCUUUUCGUAUGUACAUGGCAUAUUGGUUAGGCAUUAAAAUAAACAGUAAAAUCAGUAAAAAUUAUAUUGUUAGUACUAUUUUUGUUUUACAGAUUCAAUGCAAGCUUUCAAACUAGCUUUUUGGAAAAAAAAAUUAUGAAUUUAAUAACUUUACAUUUAUUCACAAAUUUCAUUAUUGCCAAAUAUUAUAAAAAUGCCCUUUUGGGGUUUAAAUACAAAACCUGUUGAAGUCAUUCAUGUAUUUUUAUUUAUCAUGUUUGUACAGAAUGUUCUGUUUAAUAACAGUAAAAAACUAUUAAAUGGCUUGAAAUACACCCAACUUAGUCACAGUAUUUGAAUGCAUGAUAAACAAUGAAAUAUGUACAGCUGUUUGUAAAAAUUAUGGCGCUUACAAUAUAUUACAGACAUAUAGGCUUAAAUGAAACUGAAUUAUCAUAAGUAUUGUAUUUUUGGAAAAAAUACAAAAACUAUUAAAUUACCAAUCAUGAACCCAAUGUUUUUAAAGUUGUGGCAAUAAUUUCUGCAAACAGCUGUGUAAUGAUAAUUACUAGAACAAGUUCUGAGUCUAAUUAGGUUUGACUUGUUACAUUUUAACAUUUUAAGAAUGCUGAUUCAAAUGUCUUUACUCCACUUCCCACCAAACUUUGUCACACACAAUUAGCUUGUUACUUAGGCACGAAGUUAUUUUGUAUAAGAGACAUACAAUAAAUUAUUGAACACAUGUAUUCAGGUGAUAAUCAAAAAAAAAUAAAUUCAGUUUGUCCAGCAUUUCAGAAAAGAGAAGUUCAUCAAAAUAUACUCGUUCACAGUGAAAUUCGUCCUUGCAGUAAACAAAGAAAUCGCACCACUGACUUCCUGUUAAACCAAGGCAUCCCAUAACUUGAUAAUAAUA